AUGGACGAAGAGGAUAUUUUACUUGGAUCCUCGCUCGACAAUGAAGUGUUGGAUACUGAAAUCGACGAAAGCAUUUUAUUGGACACCCUUGAAAAUAACAAAGAGGAUAAUGUGUUGUUCUCGGAAGAUGCCUCACCUCGGAAGGAAACCAAAGAGGAAUUUGUUGGCGCCUCAAUAAAAGAACAGGCACAUAAGGAUGAUGCAUUUGAAUUGGAUUAUGAAGAGGACGAUGAGACUGAAGAGCGCGUGGAUAGAUUUGAACCCGAACGUCCGGAACACAAAACGUUGUAUAAGACUAAAGAAGAAUCAUCUUCUCAAUCAAAUGACAACGUGGAAACUAUCUUUAAAGUUCGCAUCCAACCUAAUCAUUUACGAGCCGGCUUUCCUGAUGGUGCAAACUUUGGAUGGAAGGUGACUGCUGCAUUACAAGGACAGCCGACAAAUGCAGGUUCUGGAAGUCCGAUGAAAGUUAGUUUAAUAAGUGGAUUGGCGCGCAUUCCCGGAAUGGGCAUUCCACCCCCAAAUUUCGGAGCACCACCUCCUAAUAUGCCAGGAAAAUGGGCAGUGGAUUCUUCUCGUGCUAUUAAGCCAGGAUCAUAUCCUCCAGCUUCCAAAAAUAAACCGCCUUCGCUUCUCAAAAUGAAUAUAGCAGAACCCAUAGUGCUUCCUGGAAAGAAAAUAUUGGUUAACCCAAAAUUUUCCCAAGGAGGAAUCUCGGUUCCACCCCCAAUGCUAAACGUACCACCUCCAGCUCUGAAUAUCAGCGUCCCAUCUUCAAAUCUUUUUGAAAAGCAACCUCCUGCGAUGGGACAAUGGGACGCUCAAGUUGCCGCAUUUCUUGCCUCGUCUAGUGGAAAGACUCGCAAACGUCGCUCAAGAUCUCGCUCUGAAAGCAGCGAGUCAUAUGAUAGAUCCUCGGAUUCGAAUAGCGGGCGGUCACGUUCCCGGUCCCAUUCAAAGGAUCGGCGAAACAACUUAGGAACAACACGCUCAAGACCACAGAGAGGUGAUCGAACUAAUUGGAAUCGCUCAAGAGGGCACACACAUCGAGCUGUCACCGAGGAUACCCUUGAAAGCGCAAAAGCCCUGGGACUUGAUCAAGAAUAUUUGCGAAAAGUGGAAGAACAAAAGAGAAGGCGUGAAGAAACUUUGAAGCGAAAGCAUAAUAGUAGUAGCAAUGUCAAAUCGGAGCCGCCGCGAAAAAUUUCACCUUCAUCAAUGCAACAUGGAGAUGAACAAAAGAAUAAACUCAGGGCAUAUUUGGUUGUUCGUAUUGUCAAUUUAUCGGCGCUUGGUGGAUUUGCACUGAAAAAAGUGACGCAAUUAGCCAAAGAACACGCAGAAGUCAAAAAAUGUUGGCAAGACGACGCAGAUGUGGUUUCUGUAAUAUUUUCGGAGCACGACAAAGCCAAAACUUUUAUGUUAAAACAUAAUUCAAAAGUUUGGAGUGGUGUGCGCGUUUCUGUCAACCUGGAGAAAAUCUAUUUAAAUUUAACGAACACU